GUACAAUAAUCACUUAAUUUUAGCUAAGCUGACUGCUUGCUGCUGUCUGCUUUUUGGUCCUCGGCACGGAACACAAAAAAUAACAAAACACGUUUAUUCGAAGAAAAUAAUAAGAAAUUCAUGUAAACAAAUGCAGGAAAAGGAACGUUCAAUGAUAACAGACAGAUAAGCCAACAUGAAAGAAAAAACUACCAGCCCCUUCCUUCCUAUAGGAAACGUCAAUCAAAUCCCUGAAAAUUACAACAAUAAUAAACAAUGAAAAUGGACACAAAGUGUAUAGACGCUUAGUAAAUCUAACAAAAUGGAAUUAUUUCGAUCAGAACAGUUUUAUAUAUUUGUUAGGAACGAGUCAAGUUUGUGGUGGAAUCGGCUUACAGGGACGUUUUCUGUCAGAUCAGCAUGGGAUUUAUCAGAUACCGAAGAUAUAGAAUGCUUAGGCAUCACAGAGGGUAUAAUAGGUAAAGUGGAACACUCGAAUAUAUUCGAACCUCGGCUGAUGAUUAUCAAAGAGAGUGUUCCUGUUGGUCAACUAUAUUUUCAUCACACUAUCUACAAAAUCAAGUCAAUAUGUUUUCUGAACAUGGGACCCAUAAAUCAAGAAAUUGAGCUGAGUCCAUGCACAAAGCAUUGCUCUUCAACCAUUAUCGUAAACCCUGCUAGAUCGUUGAACAAAAAAAUGGGGGCUCACAUAUUUGAGAACUCUGCAUUUUUGAAUAAAACUGUUGGAGCUGUUAAGAACGUGAGUAAUACAAUCAAAUCUACCACACAACAGGCUGCCACACAGGUAAAACAAACAGUGAAAAAACACAAAGAUCCAAAAAUCGCCGAACGUUUUGAAAAGAGGCUAACAGAUGAACUACACAAAAUAUUUGAUGACUCUGACAGUUUUUACUACUCAUGGACCCUGGAUAUCACCAAUACUCUUCAGAGACAGUAUGAGAUUGAGAAGAUUCUGGAGACUGAAGAGGGUUCAAUAAAACCAGUGAUGGAUAUCACUAAGUGGUGGAAGCAUGUGGACGAUCGCUUCUUUUGGAACAAACAUAUGUUGAGAGAUAUCAUAGCGUUAGGUAGUCCAAAUUGUGACGAGUGGGUGUUGCCCAUAAUCCAGGGCUAUGUGCAGAUAUCCCAAAUAGCCGUGGAGCCUGCUGACGUGAAUCCAUUGAAUACGGAGUCGUUGACCAGUGCUAGUUCUUGUGAUGAGACAUUCACUCUAGCUGUCAUGUCUAGGAGGUCACGGUACCAGGCUGGCACCAGAUAUAACCGCCGAGGCAUAGAACCGGACGGCAAGGUGGCAAACUACGUGGAAACUGAGCAGAUAGUCUCCAUCAUAUGCUCCGACAGCAUCCACAGGGCUGCCUUUGUGCAGGUGCGAGGUUCGGUGCCUAUAUUUUGGAGCCAACCCGACUACAAGUUUCGACCGCCGCCCCGCCUCGAUAGAACUGAAGAAGAGUCACACGAAGCCUUCAAAAAGCAUUUCGGAGAGGAGCUGAAGCUAUACAAACACGUUUGUAUAGUGAACCUGGUCGAGCAACAAGGCAGGGAGCGCAUCAUAUGGGAGGCGUACGGGAACCACGUGUUAAAAUACAACAGUCCGGACAUAAUUUACGCCACCUUCGAUUUCCAUGAGUAUUGCCGCGGCAUGCACUAUGAAAACGUGGGUAUUCUGGUCAAUGCAAUAGCGGAUAUAAUCUGCGAGAUGCGGUUCUGUUGGCGCGACGACCGCGGCCUCAUCUGCAGCCAGAGCGGGGUGUUCAGAGUCAACUGUAUUGACUGUCUUGACAGAACCAACGUUGUGCAGACGGCGAUAGCCAAGUCCGUGCUGGAGCUGCAGCUGUGCCGGCUGGGGCUGGGCGCGCCAGGCUGCGAGCUGCCGCCGCCGCUGCGCCUCGCCUUCCUCGCGCUGUGGGCCGACAACGGCGACGUCAUCUCACGACAGUACGCCGGCACCAAGGCGCUCAAGGGCGACUACACAAGAACCGGCGAGCGGAAAUUCUCAGGCAUGAUGAAAGAUGGCGUCGCUUCCGCAAACAGAUUCCUCAUCCGCCAUUUUUGUGACGCCAUGACACAAUGCGCCAUAGACAUUGCGCUCGGACAACCUGUCAAUAUGGCGACUAUAGACGAAUGCGAUGACUUUUGGCGGGACGUCAAAACGGCGACGUUGAUGGUUUAUGAGAAUUUGAACACGGAUAGACCGAAAUUAGAACUGGUUCCGAGCUACUUCGGACAUCCUUUGAGGAAUGAACUCGUGUCGGCCGAAAUCGCUUUUGGAAUGGGGAGAUAUUAUCUAUCGACGUUCAAAGACGCACUACGCCAGGUAGCCAUAGACGUGAUGACCGGGGAAUCGAAGAACAUUCCAGAACAGCUGAUAGUGCCCGACUGUACCGCGGCGUGUACCGUCAAGGUUCUCGUGUUUGAUGACAAUCCCGGGCCAGACACGGCAGCGAUGGCGCAGCACGUGAAGUCCCUCAUAGACGACUGCAAGAAGCUGCUGGUCGACAGCGAACCGGUGCUGGGCUCCUGGGGGCUCAUUGAUGCCGAUCCUCAUACCGGCGACCCUCACGAGACAGAAAUGGACAGCGUAUUGGUACUUACCAACACUGCGUACUACGUGACCGAUUAUGAUGAGACUUCUGACAGACUCCUGAGCGUGCAGCGGGUUCCGCUGAGUGACGUCACGCAGGUGGAACUCGGUUCCUACCAGGCCAACACCAGUAUAUUCGGCGUCGGUCGCAAAAGCGCCUCGGAGCCAGUGCACUGCAUUCGUAUAAAUUAUAUGUGCGGCGGCGAGACCGGCUACUUCCACAUGUUCCGGUCCACUUCGUUGCGCUUCUUCAACAACAUGGCGGUCGUCAUCAACACUAAAGACGAAAUGAUCGAAUCAAUGCAUUCUAUCUGCGAGUCUAUACUAGUGGCGCGCGACGUGGCCAAACUCCCGCCAAUACCGUUCAGUGAUGGCGUCAAACUGGAGCGCAAAAAGUCUAAGAUCCAUCCAUCGCAAGCGGCGUCCAAUACUCGAUCGUCAUUAUACGUGGACUUAUCUCGUCUUCCGUCACUCACGCGGAAUGUGAGCGAGACGCAACUUGUGGCGGACAUACGCAGCGUUGGAUCUAAAGCACUGAAUAACAUGACGGAGCAGUUUAGCAAGUUAAACAAACUGAGCCACACUCUCAACGCGCGCGCGAGACCUAGCCUGCAGCUUAAAUUCGACCAAGGCGCUUCCCGCACCAAAAAGAUCUUCACACUAGGAAAUAAAACCGAAAAGAAAAAAGGCAGCCUUUCUGACGGCAUGAGCUCGGACUACAGCUCCGACGACGAAAACAGAACCAACAUCUUCGAACCAACUUUGGACAACUUCGAAAAUACACAACAUUACAUAGGGAAACCGCAAAAAUCUGUGACCGACGAUUGUGAACUUAUUGAGAAUCCUCUGUACUCUUCUAAAAUCGAAACGGAGAAAGAAGAGUUUGUGCCUGCAAACGUUGUAACUGCCAACCAACAGACUGUAAAAACACCGAGUAAUGUGAACAAGAUAAAUCCGUUCGAUAUUGAAAGCAUGAGGACGCCCGAGAUCCAAGUGGACGGGCAAAGCGAAAAGCCCGUGCCGCCUAAUUCUUUGAUGUUGUCUCAAAAACUAUGCCAUAGUUCGAGCGAUAUCAACUAUGAAGAGAAUCAGGCGGAAAGCAGUUAUCACGUACGUUCGAACUCUCAGCACGAAAUCACGCUGAAUAUAGCGCAGUCGCACAGUGAGUCAGCGCUGAAGCAGCUGAAAAACAUCGCCAGUCCUGUGUCGACUGCCACUCGGGAUAUGGUUCUGUCGCCGCUGUCCAAGUUGGCUAAAGGCGUGCAGUCGUUGGGAGCCAAUUUGGAUCCGAGGAAGAAGGGCUCAACGACUGUGAAACACAUAAGCGAACAACAAUACGAAGAACACAGAAAACUUCAGGAGAAAUGGCGCGAUUGCAACACUCGCCUCGUGGCGCUGUAGUGUUGCUAGCUCAACGGUGUUGCCAGGUGAAAAUAAUAUCUACUUUUAGUAGAAUAAUAAUGAUGUCAACAUCCAAACGGGUGUGCUUAUUUAUUAUUUUAUUUGUAUUACACUUCACAGGUGGAAGCAAACGAUUGCUUCCGCACAAAAAUGUUGGUAAUUUAUUUUUAACUUUUACUUAGUUGAAAUUAUAUCCAAAAGCGCUGCUGUGAUGACGUUAAAAAAAUUUUGCGAAGUCAAUGCCUAUCGAAAUAAGGCCAUCUUUUUUUUUCAUUUUGUUGGCAUUACUGGCUACGUGAUACAUGAGUUAUGGUAUCAAAACUAAGAUUUAUGAAUAGAUUUAAACUAAAAUGCUACACAACUCUCUACUAGUUAUAUAUUUUUGAAGGUAAAUUGUAUCCAGCAGCAGCUUUUUGGAAAGUAUUAAUAGCAACAAUUUUAUGACAAUAUGUUGUUGUAAUUUUAUAAAUAUAUUUUUUUUAUAAUUGGUCGUUCACCAAUUUGACUUCCAUUUUUUUCUCAAUACCAGUUGAAUCGAAUCCGUGAUAAUAAUUUACAAAGUAUAUAAAUUUGUUAAUUCAAUUAUUAUUACAUUGAAACAGUGUUGAUAAAUUAUAGGUUAAUUAAAUAUUAAACGAAACUAAAAUUCGCCAAAAAAGUUUUACAAAGGCUUCCUACUUGUUUUUCUAAUGCACGAAAUAUAAUAAUGUGUCUCUUUCUAAUUUUAUAGAUUGUCUAUAAAAAAUUGAAAGUGGAUUUUUGAAGAACUACACAUUUUUGUACAUUAUAGGUAAUACUUAGCCCGCACUGCU